AUGCGGAAGAUACCUUGGUGCUGGCCGUGGGACGGGGCUGGAAGCGGGCCAGGGACAUGGGGCAACCGGCCCUCGAACAGGUUGUACACUCCAUCCGGAGCAUGGAGGUGUCCCCCGAAAACGGAAGCUUUGUUCUUCCAUGACGGGAGCAGGGGGAGACCGCCUUGGCUGAAGCUCCGGAUUGGUGGGAUCUCCGUGAGGGUAGGCACCGAGAUGAAAUAUCUCGGGCUCACCCUGGAUGACACUUGGGGGUUCGAGAAACACUUUGAGGUGUUAACCCCCAACUUGGGCAGGGUGGCAGGCAUGCUGGGAGCCCUUCGUCGGCCAAUGUUGGCGACCCGAAAAGGAAUGUGUAGGCACGGCCCCCACGGAGAGCUCACAUUCCGGACCACACAGGUACUCACCGGCCACGGGUGCUUCGGUGAGUACCUCUAUAGGAUCGUCCGGAAGGAGUGCACCAGCCGCUGCCACCACUGCAGUGCGGCUGAGGACGCGGCGCAACAUACGCUGGGCGAAUGCCCGGCGUGGGAAGGACAGCGCCGUGUCCUCAUAAGCGUGGUGGGAGCGGACCUCUCGCCCCCGGUCCUCAUUAGGGCCACGCUAAGGAGGCGAGAGGCCUGGGCAGCUGUUACCUCCUUCUGCAAGGAAGUAAUGUUGCGGAAGGAGAAGCAGGAGAGGGCCAGACGGGAGAAGACAAUCGUGGAUGGGUGGCGGACUCGCCGCGCCCUCCGCCCUGGCUGGCACACCUCUUGGGUGUGCUGGCACACGCCAGAAGAGCUCAGGCCGGCGCGGCGGGGAGGGUAG